AUAGCUCUUACAAGGUUUCGCGAGGUGGGAUUUCGAGUGCAUAACCGGGAGAAUCCCUCCAAUCCAAUCGCUGACAACCAGCUCUCGAUUCACGUGGUGAUAGAAACGGGAUGGUCUGUCUGCGGGUACCUGGAGCUGGGAGCUCUUGUCGUCACCGCAAGCUCAAGCUGUAGCUCGAAGCUCGAGGUACAAAAAUGUCAGAUCGCUUGUCGAGAAGGGCGAAAUUUUCUUCCUCCUCCAGCCUGUGCAGCAGCCAUCGCAGUUCAAAGGCCGAAUCUUCGGCAUGUACAAGACAAUGAAUGUUCUGGCCAUCACGGCCUUGUUGGCCGAGCUCGCUGUUGCGUGGCCAGUGCACACCUCGACUCUGCCACCUACCACUCCCGAUGAAUAUUACAUCUCCUUCGGUCCUCGUCCUUACUAUCUUAUCCAGAACAUGACCGAGAGUCCGCUUAAGAAAAAGCUGGAGUCGUGCGAAAACGGACCUUUCGAAAUCACCGCUUGGAGCAUCGGCCAUCGAGGUGGUGGCACGUUGCAAAUUCCCGAAGAGACAGUGGAGUCUACCAUGGCCGGAGCGCGAAUGGGCGCUGGAAUCCUCGAGUGCGACGUGUCUUUCACUUCUGACCUUGGGCUCGUUUGCCGACACAGUCUCUGUGAUUUGCAUACGACGACGGACAUCCUGCUGAGACCAGAACUGGCCGCGAAGUGCACCACUCCAUUUACCCCAGCGAACGAGACCAGCGACGCUACGGCUCUUUGUUGCACUUCGGACAUUACCAAGGACGAAUUCAUGUCCCUCUGCAGCAAGAUGGACGGCUUCAACGCAAGCGCCACCACUCCUGAGGACUAUCAACAUGGCGUUCCCUUCUUCCGAACGGAAUUGUAUGAUACCUGCGCGCAGGUCAUGUCCCUUGACAGCUACAUCGAGCUGGUCGACUCGCUCCCAGGAUAUCGCAACUUCACACCCGAACUCAAGACGCCACCCAAGCAAGUGCCAAUGCCAUUCAACGGCUACACUCAAGCGCAGUAUUCGCGAGACAUGAUUGAAACCUUCAUUAGCCAUGGUAUCGACCCUAUCCGCGUGUUCCCACAAUCUUUCACGCCAGCCGAUAUCUACCUCUGGUUGAAUGAGUACCCUGAGUGGGGUGCCCAAGCAGUGUUCCUGGACGAGGAUGGUGAUGAUCCGGCCAACUUCACCACCGCCGUCAACCGCCUUCCAGCUCUCAAAGCCAGCGGUGUCAACAUCAUCUCUCCUCCGAUCAACUACUUGUUGGCCGUCGGAGGCCCGAACAAUGACACUAUUGUGCCUUCGGACUACGCCAUUGCAGCGAAGAAGGCCGGUCUUGACAUCAUUUCAUGGUCUUUUGAGCGCUCUGGUCCCUUGACCAGAGUUGCCGCGGAUGAUGACUACUAUUAUUCGUCUGUGGCACCAGUGGUCCACUACGAUGGUCAAAUGUAUGAGAUUCUUGAUCUCAUGGCUCGUGAGAUUGGGCUCAAAGGCAUGUUUUCUGACUGGUCAUCCACCGUCACCUAUUAUGCCAACUGUUUCGGGCUGAAAGGUCCAGGAAACUGAUGGGGCAAUAGCCAAGAUAGGGAAGAUGCAAAGAGGAGCCUGAAGGCGAGAGAAAAUAAUGUUGGCGGCUGUACAUAGACAUGAUUAUUCGAACUAAUACUCGACGAGCUCUAAAUGAUUAGAUAUCGCAUGUGCAUCUCUUAACAGCAUGA